AUGGUUUCAUCAUUUACAUUGGCCAGUGACUUGCACAAGAUUGGACUUCAGAUACCUGAUAUUGGAGAGUUGUCAAUAACAAUGUCCCAAGUCAACAAGGAGGCCAAUCAAAACCUUCCACAAUCUUUGCGUGAAUGCAAGGUUGUCUUGGAGAUAUCAAAUGAGAACCAGGUGUCAACCAAUCACACAGACACUUUCAAGAACAUCAAACAAGAGGUGGACAAGUAUCUUGUAGAGUCCAUCCAGAACAGACGUGAACUGAGACAACUGUUACAGAAGUAUACCAACAACAAAUCAACCACAGACAGUCAGCAUGACAAGAUAUCAAAUGUGAUGGCUAAACUCAAUCUAUCGAUGUGCCAGUAUCAAAGAUAUAUAACAUUGUUGGAGAAGGAGUUGAUUGACUUCUGUGGAACUAGACACAGGUACUUGUUGUCCUUGUCCAAACAUAUAUUGAACUUACAACAUUUGGUACACUUUGGAAGAAAGAUUGAGUCCAGCCCUGACUCGUCCAAGUCACUCAGCUCAAGUACAUCAUUCACACUCACCAACAACAACAAUAACAAUAACAAGUUGGAACAAUCACCCAGCAACUCAUCAAACAGACUAAUAGCAGUACCAACCAACUUCAAGGAGAUAGUCAAUCAUCCAGUAUUCCUAAAGGCAUUCACAAUGUUUGCCGAGAAACAGCAUGGUCUGGAGAACUUGCUGUUCUGGGUCGAUGCAGACGCACUCAAGAAGCUGGAGGAGGGCCCCACCGCCAACAAGGACGCCGUGCGAUCACACUUCUUCAAUCUGUACAAUAACUACAUCGUGGAGGGAUCGACACUCGAGGUCAACAUUGACGCCGAGUCUCGCAACGCCAUUGAGACGCGUCGCGCCAGUCUCUUCACUGACGACCACUUCCACCCAUGUCUGGCUUCGGCCAUCGACAACAUUGAGUGCUUGCUCAACUACUCGAUGGUGCCACACUUCUUCAAGAGCACGCUAUACAACGCCGCCGCCGCGGUCAUGCUCAACAAGUCAACGCCCUUCCCCGUCGAAGCUGAGGGCAUCACACACAUUGUCGAGUCACUCGACUCUUUGAUCACCAAUCCCAUUGGACUUGAGCACUUCCUGGUCUACCUCUCGCGUGGCGCCACCACUCAGGUGUCGAUGAACAACCCAACUCUGACCACUUCGACCGCGACCCCUGGCACUGGCACUCAAUCAUCUCAAUCCCCACCAUUGUCAUCUUCGCCCUCUGGCAUGCCCGCAUCACCACGCACGAUGGCUGCACUCUUGUCGCCAUACUCAAUCUCAUUCAGCGAAGCACGCAACAUGGUGCUGUUCUACCUCGAGAUCAAGAAGUUCUACGAACUCUCGGACGAGUAUCUCGAACUGUACGCAACGGAUCUGUUCCGCGCGUUCUUGACGCCUGGCGCCGAGAAGGAGCUGUCCACAUUCAUCCCCACGCAUUACAACACCACGCAACAAAUGAUCGCGUCAAAGACUGUGACACGCGAUAUCUUCCAGCCGGUGCUCCAAGAGAUCGUGCUGCACCUGACCAACACGCACUUCCCCGCCUUUGUCCACAGCCCCGUCUGCAAGGAGAUGUUGUAUCGCGAGGACAAGAUGAUCAAGUAUCAGGAGAAGGACAAGCGCAAGCCCGACGCCAAGAUGGACCAGCAGUUUGAGCUGCUGUCCAAGGAGAAGCUCAAGGCUCCCGCCCCCACCCCAUCGGGCACCGUGCGUCCGCAGGCGUCGUUCAAGCCCGCGGCCGGCCUGGCACCCAUGCAGGAGAAGUCGAGAUCGACGCAGCACUUUAAGGAGUUGCCGCCCGUGCCCGCUGGCGCCAAGCCAGAGUCGCCCGUGGUCAGGUCGCUGCCCAAUCUCCCGCCCAUCCCCGUGCCCACACCACCAUCGCGCAAGGUCGUUGUCAACGACUACAUCCUGGCAACGUCCACGCCCAACCCCAUGCCAUUCUACUCGAGUGGCAGCAGUGGCUCGUUGUCCUCAUCGCCGCUCAACACAUCGGCCGUGCAGAAGCCCAAUGAUGUGUUCUGCACGAUCCUCAGCGACUCGACGUGGCUGGAUAGCUUCAAGCGAUUCCUCAAGUCGGAGAAGUGCGAGGAGGUGUUGCUGUGCUGGAUGGAGCUGGAUCUGUACUGCCGCGUCAACAGCACGGCCAAGCUCACGAUGGCCGGCGCACAGAACAUCUAUGACAACUUCUUCCAGGAUGGCUCGCCGCUCGAAGUCAACAUCGAGCCCGAGAUCAAGCUGGAGGUGCGCGAGGCAUUGCGUGCCAAGAACAUGGACGAUGUUGAGCAGGGCAUCCGAUCAUCAUGGCAGGCCACCUUUGAGUUGUUGCGUAUAGAUUCAUUCGGGCGAUUCCAAAAGAGUGCCAUUUACCGUGAAGUGUUGGGUCAGAUGGGUGAUCCAAGUGAUCCCAAGAACACUGGCAAGAAGAAGUCGUCAUCAUCUUCAUCAUCAAAGAAGUAA